UGACCGUGAGUUCAUGCAGUAGCCAAUAGGUCUUGUACACUCAAUUCCAUUUGUGCAAAUGUGGAAGUUUGUUAUGUUGUGUGUGCAGAGAAAGCCAUCAGUAAGGAAAGAAAUGCAGUUCUUCGUGGUCUUUAGCCUCCUGAUUACUCUCUGCUGCAGUGAAUGCAAUGAAAGUUUCCCAGGAGGACUUAUUCCUUAUGGAGAAGGUAUUGGAGAUCAGUGCCUUGAUGGUACCAAAGAGAGAAUAUGUAAUGAGUCACUAAUGAAGGGUCAAUGUAACUGAAAAACUGCCGUUGGAUGUAAAUUACACUUUCUACGGUCGUAAUUACUCCAGUGUGUAUAUAUGUGAGAAUGGACUGAUAUCAUUUGAGGAUUGCAAAGGGUUUUGUAAGAACCAAACGGAUUUAAGAGCGUCUUCAGUUCCUGUGAUUGCUGGAAUCUGGCAAGAUAUAAGUCUUUUUUAUUUUAAUUCCAGUGGUGGCAAUUAUAAAGUCCCUUAUGCUUAUUACAAAGAAAGAACGAAUAAUACUGAAAAUUCAGGAUGCUUUGUGGAAAGCAAAAAAAAAUUGAGCAACAUCUUCAACGUGGAUUUGGAGAAAGACUGUCAUAUUUUAAUCUAACACACAUGUUAAUUUCAACCUGGCAUGCUAUUGACAAUACCAAUGGCACUGUCCAGAUUGUCAUAGCAACUGAGGAUGGGAAGCGAGAUACGUACGCCCUGUUAAUAUACAAUGAAUGGAAUGUGACUGAGGAGCAGAGAAUGCAAAUUGGAUUCAGUGCAGGUUGUGCUGAGAAAUAUUUUCCAUUGUCGUCUAUUGCUGGUAACAGCAACAUUGGUGUACCUGGAGUUUUUGCAUUUCGAAUUGACCAGGAAAACAUAAUUGACCCAAGCAAAGCAGUUGAUUGCGGAGAUCUUCCUGACCCACAGAAUGGCAAAGUAAAUUACACCUCUACUAUGCUCGAUUCCUUGGCAAACUAUACCUGCACUGCUGACUGUGAUUUUAUGCUAACUCGGGAGUGUCUGCCAGAUGGCAGUUGGUCGGGGAGAGAACCAGAGUGCCCUGAUAUCGCCUGCCGUGGUCUUGAAAACUGUCAUCCAGAAAAUGGUUGGUUGAGCCUUAUAAGUGGUUCUCAAGGUCUGGUGGCAAAGUACGGCUGUGAACUUGGUUACAUUCCCAACAACACAAGAGACACCAGGCACUGUGAGUGUGGGAGCUGGUCUGGAGAUGAAAUACGCUGUGAAGAAAUGUGUCCUGAAGUGGGUCAAGAUAAGAAAUGUGGUAAACAUUCACUGAUCCUAGCAUGUGAUAGCCGAAAAGACGGAAUCAGUAACACAUCUAAAUUCCAUCUCAACGGAUCAUAUGAAUUUUUCCAAGAGCCUUUGAGAAGUAUACAGGCAAAGAAUGCUCCCUGCCACAGUCAAACCUUCUACCACUUCCCUGUGAACCCACUGCACGAGACUUCACCAGACAUUGGGAUCAGUGGAGCAUACUUCCUUAGAAUUGACGAGAUACCUGGAGCAUGUCCUGGUCUAGGUGGUCCAGGUUGCGACAACAAAGCUUUGAUUCCAGUAUGUGAGAAUGUGGGAAAUGGAGUCGAUAGGGUGCCAAAUGAGACACAUUCUGCUCGAGUCAAUGGAUCCUUCACUUUCUUUGGAACACCUUUGCACUACAUACAUAUUUAUCACAACGGCACGGUGCAUUUCAACAAUGGCUCACUCUCAAUAGCAGUGUUUCAGACAAUGUUACGAGAUGAUAAAGACACCUAUUUACUCUAUGAUUCUAAAGGCACUGAACCUGGAUACUUCACUGCUCAAAAGGAGUAUGUGUCAUGCCUUCUAAGAUCGGCAUCAAUAACAGAUUUCAACUUGAGAGACUUAUUUAUUGUGACUUGGAAAAAUUAUCUUUUUGCCACCGAAAUGAAGAGAGUCACAUUCCAGCUUGCUCUGGCAUCAGAUUCCUCCUCUGCCACCACCUAUGCUCUCCUCCUAUACAACGGGACUAAUUUGGACCAAGAUUUUACUCCAUCAGUGGUGACAGGUUUCAAAACAGGCAAUGCCAGCUGCAACAAUCAGUCAUUCUACAAUUUUCCAAUACCAUUGAAGCUGAAUAGAGAGGGACCAUACUAUUAUACUGAGGGCAAUGGAGCCUACAUAUAUGAAAUUGACCAGAAACCAAGGGAACUUCACUGCAACUGUAGUACUCUGGAGCUGGAUGAUUCCAUGAGCGGAGAGAUUAAUAACAUAGUCAACACUCUAUCAGGGAGCUGGGCUCAAUACAAUUGCAGUAAUCAACAGUAUCAACAAAGACUCUGUGUAAACGGCUGUUGGAAAGAUUCAUUCCCUACUACGAAUGGUAUUCGAUUUGCUAUUGACAAUGAAAAUAAAUGUAAAAAGGAAGGUAUCAUUGAAGUGUCCCAUAAUGGAGAAUGGGGCUCUGUGUGUGAUGAUUACUGGAAUAUAGAUGAUGCUAAUGUGGCAUGCAAAAUGCUUGGAUUUUUAGAUUUUGGUGCAACAGCAACUCGUAGAGGAAGGUUCACGUCUGGAUAUCGUGGAGAUUGGAAGUACUGGCUGGACGACGUAAAAUGUAUUGGAGACGAGCAGUCACUAUUUGAUUGCCCACGUCGAGAAGAAGGACACAACUGCCGUCAAAGAGAGAGAGCUGGUGUCAAAUGCAUAGAUGGGUGUGAUAUUGGUAUACGCCAAAGAGAUGACAAAAUAAUAGAAUUGUAUUACAGGGGCGAAUGGAGGUCAGUAUGUGAUAAGCACUGGAGUGAAAACGAUGCUAAGGUAGCCUGCAGGGAACUUGGAAAGUCACCUGACGGUGCUAUACAAGGCAUUGGAGGGGAAUUUGAAGUAGGUGAAGUGGUAAAGUACUGGAUGCAGGAUGUCAACUGCAAUGGAGACGAAGAGUCCUUGUUUGCCUGUGUACAUCGUGGUAUUGGACGUCAUAGCUGUGGCCGGAGGAAUAGGGCUAAAGUUAUAUGUGAAGGACUUCCUUUCGGUGAUGACGCUAGCGAUGAGUGUCUUGAUGGAAAUGAAAACGGUUGUGGGAUGAUAACUAUGGAGGGUGUAGUAGUUGAAGAAAAAGAGCUGAAAACAACUUAUACUUUCUUUGAUCAACCCUUUCACAGUGUGUUUGUCCAGAUUGUCAUAGCAACUCAGGAAAACAAGAGUGACACCUAUGCUCUACUCAUUCAUAAUAUCACAAAACUGAGCAAGGAAGACAAGGAGCAAAUAGGAUUCACUGCAGAUGAUGGGACAUAUUAUUCAUUGUCCAACAUUACAGGAGACAGCAACAUUGGCGUUCCUGGGGUUUAUGUCUUUCGGAUCGAUAAGCCAUAUAUAGACCCAUAUAUGGGAAUCCGUUUUUUUAAUGGGCGUGAAAAUGACACUCAAGGCCUAAUCGAGGUUUACUAUCAAGGAGAAUGGAGAUCAGUGUGCGAUGACUAUUGGACUGAUCAUGAUGCAAAAGUUGCUUGUGAACAACUUGGAUUUUCCAAAUCUAACUUUAAGACCGAAAUUCGUUUUGUUGACGGAAGUGAUGAAAUAAUUGAAGUGCGGAAUGGAAGUGAGUGGAGGUCUGUGUGUAUCAAUCACUGGACUCUGAAUGAUGUGGAAGUAGCUUGCAGACAACUUGGAAUUGAAACUGAUGGCUUCCACACAACUGUCAUUGAAAGAGAAGGAAAAGGAGAAAACUAUUGGUUGGACUUUGUGAAUUGUCGUGGGGACGAAGAGUCUUUGUUUGCCUGCCACCAUUUGGGGCUGGGAGAACACAAGUGUGACAAUGGAGAGAGGGCUGGGGAUCAAAUGUCACAAAUAAGUUUAAGAAAGCUGAAAGACGCUGCGAUAACAUUUACACUGUAGUUAGUUCGUAACUACCAUCUUCUAUCUUAUUAAAUGACUUAAUGAUUAUUAAAGUGGUUCACAUUAUGAUUUUUGUCAAAAUUAAUGUGUUGCACUGUCUAAUGUAUGCUAUAAAAACUGGCGGCCUGACCACCACAUUUAUGUCUCAAUAUUAGUGUUUUCUGAGGUAUGUGCGUCACUAUACAUGUGCAUGCAAAAAAGGCAGAGAGCA